CGCCGAAAGUGUAUAUAAAAAGCAACUUGGCCAUGGCAGCGUCAUUCGUGAAUUUAUAUUUCGACACGUUCUUAUGGCAGACGAAUUGUGUAUUUCGUGUGAUCGGAUAGUCUCACCUCGCCAACAUGCCAUCACAUGUGAUUUAUGUGACAGAUGGCAACAUCGGACAUGUGAUACAGGUUGGCACCACAAGCUGAAUACUACCGUUAGAUAUGGUGGCUGCUCCAUCUACGUUCUUGUACCAACCUUGAUGACUGAGGCAGAGAUCGUCGCUAUCACAGUAGCUGCCGACGACCUGGAUCGUGAUGUCGAAACCAAAUGCACCAAGUUGGAGGAAAAGAUACAAUCCCUGUGGGACAAAUACAUGGGGAAUGGAGUAACCACAACACAUUUCUUAAAGUCCGUGUCCAGAUUGUACGGGCCGUCCGACAACAUGACGGCAGACUUAGUUGUCGGAUUGUCUGGGGAGUGAAGUGGAUAGUGUUAUCAAACAGACGAUGAAGUCUGUUACGGACAUUAAAAUAAGCAAAACUAAAAAAAAACUGUUGUAAAAUACAAAGUUUAUAUCAACUGAUUGUGUGUGUAUUCUACCACAUUGUGUUCAAUGUAAUUUUGAUGUGAUUUGCUAAGUUGUUUUAUGUUAGGUAAAAUAAGAUGUAUGUCAAAUUAGUGUGUAUGUGUGCUUCGACACUGGAUUGAAUGUUUUGUUCAUUAAUAAAUAUAAAAUGAAAUCUGUAUUUCGAUGUGAUUUUCUCAGUUGUUUUAUGUUAGAUAAAAUAAAAUGUAUGUCAAAUUAUUGUGUAUGUGUGCUUCGACAUUGUAUUGAAUGUUUUGUUUAUACAUGUGUAUUCUUAUUAUUCA